AUGGAAAAGCAUAGAAUCUGCAAGAUCUGCAACAAGAGAUUCGCCAAUGGCAAAGCCAUGGGAGGUCACAUGAGAUCUCAUCUGGCCAAGCUUCCUCUCCCUGCAAAGCCGCAGUCGCCGCAGCAGCAGCAAAAACAACAACAACUCAGCAACUCGCCCGAGUCAUCUCCUCCACUUUCAUCAACAAACAGGGCCAUGCAUUCUUCUCCAUCUCUGGAUUCAGCCAUCCAUGACGGCGAUAGCGACACCGAGUCACACCCGAGGAACCCAACUCGGAGAAGAUCCAAACGGCGCCGUAAAGUGAUUGGGAAAGCGGCUGAGGCGGCCCUUGAGGCAGAGCAGGUGAGUUCUGUUUCUGAUGCUUUUUCAACUGAAGAUGUUGCCAGGUGUCUCAUAAUGCUUUCAAUGGAUAAAUGGGGAAAAUGGGAAAAAGCUAAACUUAAAAAAGAAGUAGAUGAAUCUGUAGAUGAGGAUGAGGAUGAGGAUGAGGACGAGGACGAGUCGGCCUUUCGGGCUCAAACCGGAGCCCUGACUCAGGGGAAGUACAAGUGUGAGACUUGUAACAAGGCGUUUCGAUCUUAUCAGGCACUUGGGGGCCACAGAGCAAGUCACAAGAAAAUAAUCAAGACCCAAGUGUUUGAUGUUGAAGAUGAUGAUGAUGAUGAUUUUGAAGAAGAAGAAGAAGAUGAUGAUGAUGUCAUUGGUAACAAUGGCAAUAGUGGUAAUUUGGUUGUUGAUCAGCAGAGAACAUUUGAGUGUUCAUUUUGUUUCAAACAGUUUGAUUCUGGUCAAGCACUUGGUGGGCACAAGAAAGUUCACUAUUACAACAAUUUGACUCACAAUGCUAGGAAUGUGUCAUCAUCUUCUACUAAUUUUGUAGACAAUUUGGUGAUAGAUCUCAAUCUCCCAGCACCAGAGGAGGAAGAUGGAGAGCUUAGCCAGCUUGAGUUUUCAACAGUUUCUGAUUGA